AUGGCAGAGCCAUCUUCAGGCUGGUGGAAGCUGACUUUCCUGAGGAGAAAAAAGUCCCAGCCCAAGGUUCUGUAUGAAAUCCCUGCAGAGGUUGUUUCCAAUGCCCCCACCGGAGCCGCCACCCACCCUGAGGACAUGGUGCAUGGUUCUCAGCUGGACGCCCGACUGGAGAGGAUCGUGGAUAAGACAACAGCCAGCAAGGGGCGGCAUGUUAAGGUGUCUCACUCUGGGAGGUUUAAAGAGAAGAAAAAAGUGCGUGCCACUCUGGCGGAGAACCCAGAGAUGUUUCCAGGAGGUGACCCCGCGAGGGAUGAGAAUCAGAGGGCAGGGAAGUGACAGGACACGCUGAUAUUUUAAAAAUUGGGAGAGUUUAAAAGUUCACGGCUCUCUUCCCUCAUUGUCAGUUGAUGGAGCUAUAAUAGCCAAAAUAAAAAAAAAUAAAAUAAACUAGGCCUAUAUAUCUUCAUAGAAUGACAUCCAUUUUCCAAUUUAAAACUAACACUUAGACUAAGUGAAAUUUUUAAUAUUUCUAGAGAGAAAUUUGAGUUUUUCCAAAUCAUUUAAAUACAAAAAACAUCAGGCAUUGGUCCCCGUGUAGAGAAACUGCAACUUGAUGAAACUUGAGCUGAUUUCAGCUGUGGUGGUGGUGCUUCUUCCGCUUGUUGUUGAUAAUACACAACAGUGGUUGCA